AUGGCAUUAUCUAGUAGGUGGAAAUUUCUCAAUAAAAAGUUGGUGAAAUGGAGAGAUGCCUUGGCAAAAGUGAUGGACAACCAUAGAAGCAGGGAAAACCUUUGUAAUGAGAUUAUGCAAGCACAAAUGUGGUUUGGUGCUACUGGGCAAGGCAAAAAAAGUUUCAACCAUACCUAA